UGAAUAAUAAUUAAUAAUUUAAAAAAAUUUUUGUAAUUUAAAUUUCGCGCCUUUGUUUUAUCCAAUAAAAUAACAAUAUUCUGCGCAUGGUCAGUUUAAUUGUCAAAGUGUCAUUGACCUUUUGUUAGUUGCUAUAGGUUGCUGUCAAAUGAAUCCUUUUGCCUAAUUAUUUUAAACGUCUACAAUUGUAAUUAUUAAUAAUUAAUUUGUUUCAUAAUUAAUAGAAAACUAAAUAAAUUUGUAUUUUAUUAUUAUUGUUAUUUAUUAAAAAAAUGGGAGGGUUCAGAGAUAUUUUAAAAGAUCUAGGAUGGGAUAGUGGAUUUCGAAUACCGGUUGCUAAUGAAGAUAAUAAACAACUCGAGCAAGAGAUUGAAAAAAAAUUAAAAAUAAAAAAUAAAUUGACAGUAGAAUUAGAUAACAAUAAAAAUCGUAUUGAUUCAAUAGAUCAAUACAUAAGAGAUAUUAAAAUAGAACACACUUGCAAUCAGAAACUUUUAACAGCUUAUAUCGCUCAAUAUGAAGCUGAGAAUCAUUACGAGAAGUUAUUUGAGCACAAGGAGGCAUCUAUUGAAAAAGAACUUAUUGCACUUGAGAAGGAAAAAAAAGAAACUGGAGACCGUAUUGCCCGUAUGAAAAAAGAAAUAAGAAGACUUGAAGAAAGUCUUGAUUUUUCAAAAGAUAUUGUGGCAUUGAACAAAACUAAAAUUUUACAAUUGGAAGAAAUACUGAGCCGUGAUGAAGAAAAUGAACAGUUACUAAAAAAAAUUUCUAAAUUUGAUUUCAAAGAAUUUAAAAAACUCGAUCUCAAGAGACAAAAACUAGUGAGUGAAUUAGAAGUUUACAAACGAUCUGUUGUUAGAAUGAUUGAUGAAAUUUACGAAAAAGAAGUCGUGUUAGAAAGAACGGCUAAGUUUUAUACUCAGGCUUUAGAUUCGCGGCGGCAAUUGAUUGAAAGAUGGACACAAAGUGUUUUUAUUUUGCGGCAGCGUGACAAUGAUAUUCAAAAAAUAAUAAAAGAGGUUGAGACUUUGAGAUCCGUGGGUGUGGAAAAAUUAAAAGUACUUACGGAGUCUGAAGAAUUUAUGGAAAGUCAAGUUAAUUGCAAUAGACUAUUGGAGUAUGAGAUUAAACAAGUUGAGAAAAUUUUGGCGCGUGCUAGAGAGAGAAGGAGUAAAGUUGAAGAGCAUCUUGAUUUAUUUAAUUUGGAAUUCAAAUCGCAGAGAAGAAUUUUAAACGAACUGGAACAGAAAAUUAAAAAUAUGAGAAUUGAUUUUAAUGGAUUGAGAGGAAAUAUUUUUAAUAAAAAAAAACAAAUCAGUGAUUUUCAACAAAGAAUCAAAGAUAUGAAGGCAAGUCUAUCUGAGGUCAAUAAUCAGAGCGUUAAUGUUGAAGACAGAACUAAACAACUUGAAGAAAUGAUUGAGAAAGAAGAAAAACGUAAAUUUUCAAUUAAAAGCGAAAUAAAAAGAUUUCAAGGAUUGGUUCUGAGGACAAUGAGUAGAAUAAAUAGUUUAGAGAACGAUAGAAAAGCAAUUGAAUUGCAAGAGCAAGGAGAGUUGAAGAAAAUCGAACAAUUCACAGCGUGUCAAGUUAAGGAAGAGAAACAAUUGGAUGAAAAAAAAGAGGCUGCUUACAAACUUGAUAUCGUGCUGCAAAAUCUUAAGAUCCGCUUGGGGAAAAAUAAUAGGGUUGUGGAUAAAGAGGAGUUUGAACGUAAGCAAAAUGUUAUUGAGGGAUUACAGGAGUCUUUGAAUGAUAAAAAAAAAAUAUCGAAAUUGUUACUCAGUCAGAUGAUUAAACUUGAAAAUGAAAUAAAAAAAGUACAGAAUGCAUUAGAAGCAGACCGUAAUAAAGUUGAGCAAGUUAAGAUUAAAAAAAAAAAUCUUGAGUUAUUAAUGCUCGGAGGUGAAAAACAAUUAAAAGUUUCUGUACGUGUUAAUGAAGAAAAACAAGUUGCUGAAAAUAUUAUGGAGUUGAGAGUCACUCAAGCUGAAGAAUUGAUGAAAAAUACUGGUAACCGCGUUUAUAACUUGGAACAAUGUCAUGUAAAAAUUUGCGCUGCAAUGAAAGAAAGAAUGGCAGAAUUAAAAGCUUUAAAAGAAGCACUUAAUUUAAAACAUAAAGUUGCGAUGAGCGAAUGUUCUGAGUUACGAUCAUUGAUUAAUGAAAAAAAUUAUCAGACGUUACAUCUACAGUCGCGGUAUGAUAAUAUUAUGGCAACAUCUAAUGUUGAUAACACGGAUGGCAUUUUACCAGCAACGACUUAUUUGAAAAUUCAGAAUGCUCAGUACAAGUAUGAGUUGCAAGAACGAGGCGAUAAACUGGACGCGACUAUCAGGAAAACGGAACAAGAGAUCAAAAGUAUGGAGAAUACACUGAAAGUUGUCAAUGCUUGUAAUGAUAAAUACAAAUUUUCAUUGGGUCCGGUUGAGGAUGACAGCUCCAAGCAGACGAUUCAGAGUGAAAUAGAUAAAGAAAUGUGCGAAGCUGCUGAACAAAUGAAGAGGAAGAAAUCCCAGUUGAAUAUUAUUAAGAAUGAUGUUGCGCUGGCGCAAGAAAACCAUAAAAAAAUACUGGAAGAUCUAGAGAAAAUAAAAGAAGAAAAAGAGGGAAGACAAGAGACACUUGCAUUAAUAGAAAAACAAAUUAAUGAUCAAAAGGGUCGACUAAUUAGAGCGGACAUGAGAUUAAAAAAAUUGUAUAAAGAUAUUCAGAGGCUUUGCGAGUGCGCUGAUAGCGACAUUAUUAUUUUGCAAGAGAAAGACGUCUCGACGCGAGAAAUAGAAGAACAAAAUCUCCUCGGUCUCCAGCGAAUUACAGAGUUUACUAUCCGUCACGUAGAAGCGGAAGUCUACGUUAAAAAAUUAAUAUCUGCUAAAGAUAUUGUUCUACCUAGUGCUCAGCAAAAUAAACCAACUCCGACACCCAGUCUUUGUUCCACCCGUAGUUCUACGACUUCUUUUAAUCAAAAUAAAAAAUGUCAACUUACAAAUGUCAAUAUCUGUCGGCCGUAACUUUUAA